UUAACCCUCGCAGCGUCCAGGAGCUCACUCGCGAGGACAUUGAGCUUUUACUACCAGGUCCCGAGCGGGUGGGGGCUCGAACUAUCCUUCGUACAGUAACUCGUCUGCUAGCUGCCCGUCUGCCUCCCUCUGGAUCUGCCGCGGCGGACCCCAACCCUCCGCGCUCUGGGUUUGGCACGGUGUGCCAUUUCGAUCUCCCUGCAGCCCUCUGCGCCCGUCAUCUCGAGGGUCUCGACGGCCGUGUCAUUCCCUCGUCUAGCUUGCUCGAUACGGUCACUAGCAACGGUUCUGCGGAGCAUUUGGUAGCCACCAUUGCGACACUCGAGCUCAACCUUUCCGUCCUCGGGGACACCACUCCCUCGCAUUCUCCUGAGGUUACUCCCCAAAGUCUCCUGGCUGCCUCCAGGGCCUCUACCUCCUUGGCGGGCAAACCAAACUUCCGUCCGUCGGCCUUCGUUCCGUCACUCGUGAGAUGGUGCAUCCUUGCCCUUUUGACCACCAACCUGCCUUUGGCCGCGGUCCUAGGUCACCUGGUAUGGUGUUCCAAGUAUGUGGAGCUCCAUGGUCCCUACACCGCGGCUCUCUACGACCAGCUCCACCGUUCUGCGGUUGCCGCAUCACUUCGUGCAGGAUCUUCGGUAACUGGAGCCGAGUUGGGCACUUGUGACUCUAUGCUGGUGAUUGACUGCCGCUCGCAGAUGGACCGUGCCCUGCGAGCUCGGGGUCCUCCCUCCUCAAGUGGUCCCUCUCGGCAACAGCAGGGCUUCCGUCCUCGCCGGGCGGCUCCCUAUCCCUCCCCACCAAGCGUUCCGUCCUCUUCUCCUCCCGCUCCGAAGCCUUCGCCGUCCGGCCCAGCCUCUUCCCGUUCGUCUGCUUCUGGGCAUCCAAAGUGA